AUGUACCCUACCACAUCUGAUCUCACCUCUAGCGUCAAGAGCGUUAAUUUCUCUCCAAACGUAUCGACUACCUACAUCUCAACAGCUGGAAAAUGGUACACAAAGGAAGAGUUUUCCAAUCUGAGACAAGAUCUUCGAAACACCGUCGAACGAAUGAUAGAACAUCCAGAUGAAUGUUCAGACGACGAGGACUUUUGCAACCUAGGUUUGAAAACUCCAGAGGAAUUCGACUAUGAUAGGGGAGCUCGGUAUUAUGCCUUCCAAUCCGUCAUGGCGGAACAGGAUACACAACUACGUGAAGAGAAUUACGAUCCUGACCAAAUUGCUGAAGCUUACACGUACAUCACUUGUCUUCAACAAGCUGUGGCCGAAAAGCGGGCUGCAGCGCUCGCCGCUGAACUCCACCCAUCCGGAUCAAGUAAAUUGACAUCUGCGCUAUCAGCAACUCCAGUUCUGCAAACUCUGCAAGAAUGGGGAUGUGGUCUGCGACAGGCAUCCGAGUGA